UGACAGAGGACAGACAGACACGUGUGUAAACACAACUGAUGGCGGGGUGCUAAUCUGCCCCUCGAAACGCGUCCCGUUCACUCCGCGCUCUGACCACGCGAGGAGUGACGGUGCUCCGGAGCUCUCCGUGGAGCAACGUUCCCAUUUUCCGAGCUGCCACUCAAACACGCCGAGGCUCCGCGGAGAGGAGGGGACGGGGAGGACGCUCCUGUAGCCAUUCAUCGGUCCGCCGAGGAGCCGCGCUCCGCCGCCCGGACCGCCCGCGUGCCCCCGCCUGCCAGCCAGCCGGAGCGGAGGCGCGAGACUCACACCGCGAGCGUCGGUCAUUCGGCGGCGGACGUGAACGAGAAGAAGGAGGAGGAGGAGGAGGUGGAGGAGGGGGCCGAGCGGAGGAAAAAGAGCCCGUCUGUCAGAGUUAUUACCCGGUGUGCAUGUAAAGAAGCAGACGAGGAUUUCAUUUCCAGUUCCUGACAGGACGCGUUUUCCCGCGCUGGUCUUUAUCUGCAGCCAGAGUGGACCGCCGCGCCGCUCUGAGAAGGGCACCAUGACCCAGGAGGGGCAGGCUCUCCCCUCUCCCACCCCACCUGAGAACACGUCGGAGCCCGACACGACCGCAACCACGACCGACCCACCUGUGGAAACGCACAGCGAGGCAGUGGAGGACAGGCCAGAGGCCGUGGAGAGGGACAGCACAGAGGAGAGGCAACAAGAAGAGGAGAGCAUAGGAAGAGAGGAGGAGGAGGCACAAAGUGAGGGAGAGGGGAGGGCAGAGGGAAAAGAUGAGGGCGAGGAAGAGGAGUUAAACAAGGAGGAGGAAGGUUCAACUGAAGAAGAGCAUCAUCAGAGCAACAGAGAAGAAGAAAAAAGGGACAAUGAAGACAUGCAGCUGCCUGCAGAGACAGAGGGAACUAAACCUCAACGGACUGAACGGCUUGAAAACGGUACGGGCGGGAACGAUGACGAGGACGGGCUCGGCGAGGAGGACGGCGGAGAAGAGAGGGAGGGACGUACCAACCUGGAUACUUUCAGCUCCAACUUUGAGACGACUGUAGAGCAGGCCGACACAGAGGUGGAGGAGGAGGAGGAGGACGAGGACGAAGGAGCCCAGGGAGAUGAAGAGGAAACGGAAAACCAGGACACCUUCAGCUCGGCGUUCGAGCAAAUCGUAGAGCAGGUUGAUGCGCACGACGAAGAAGAAGAAGAAGAGAGAGAGUCGGAGAAGGAGAAAAACAAGGUGGUGGACAACAAAGAUGGCUUCAGCUCCACGUUCGAGCGCAUUGUGGAGUCCGCUCUGCUGAGGGGCGGCACGUGCUACAGCAGCCUCGACUCCCUGGACGUGCUGUCGCUCACGGACGAGACGGACAGCUGCGUCAGCUUCGAGGCGCCGCUGACCCCGCUCAUCCAGCAGCGGUCCCUGCUGCAGGGGCCCGAGCCCCUGGAGCUGGAGCUGGCCACGGUUCAGGAGCAGGAAGGGGCCGAGCCCGGAGCAGAUGACCUCGAUGGCGACGACACGGCUGGCCAGAGCGCGGCGCGUGCAGGCGGCGCUGCUGGGGGGAGUCCGUUAAGGAUGACCAUACCAGGCAGCAGGUCGGAGUUCGCGCUGAGCCAGCCGGGACGCUGGGCUAUUCCCAAUGGAUACCACUCUGACUCCCAGGGAGCCGGGGAGCGCACAGGAGCCAUGGUCAGCUCUGUCAGCGAUGCCGACCUGUCGGACGUGCCGUCUGACUCGGAGGAGAGCGAUCUGGGCGGUCUGGAGCGCGGCAGCACCGACACUCUGGCCAAUGGCUGCCGAGUCGACAGCGAGGCCGCCAAGAGGCUGGCCAAGCGCCUGUAUCACCUGGACGGCUUCAAGCGCUGCGACGUCGCCAGACACCUGGGCAAAAACAACGAGUUCAGUCAGCUGGUGGCUUCAGAGUACCUGAGUUACUUUGAUUUCUCCGGCCUGUCCCUCGACCGAGCCCUGAGAAACUUCUUAAAGGCCUUUCCAUUGAUGGGAGAAACUCAGGAAAGAGAGCGGGUUCUCGUGCAUUUCUCCAGACGCUACUGUCACUGCAACCCACAGACGCCCACCUCUGAAGAUGGAGCCCACACGUUGACCUGCGCGCUAAUGCUGCUCAACACUGAUCUACAUGGACAUAACAUUGGGAAGAAGAUGUCUUGCCAGCAGUUUAUUGGUAACCUAGAUGGCCUCAACAACGGCAAAGACUUCCCUAAAGAAUUAUUAAAGGUCUUGUAUAACUCAAUCAAGAAUGAAAAGCUGGAGUGGGCAGUUGAGGAGGAGGAGCUCAGGAAGAGUCUGUCAGAAUUAGUGGAGGACCAGUGUGAGGGCGGGAGCAAGCGUGUUGCCAGGGUGACGGACGGCACUAACCCCUUCAUCGCCAUUCCCGUUCAGCUGAACGCCGUCACCUACAAACACGGGGUGCUGACGCGCAAGAGCGACGCCGAGAUGGACGGCAAGAGAACUCCGAAGGGGCGGCGGGGCUGGAAAAAGUUCUAUGCGGUCCUAAAGGGGAUGAUCUUAUAUCUCCAGAAGGACGAGUACAAACCCGACAGUGACAUUUCCGAGGCGGACCUGAAGAACGCGGUGAGGAUCCAUCACGCUCUGGCCACUCGCGCCACCGACUACAGCAAGAAGCCCCAUGUGCUGAAACUGAAAACUUCAGACUGGAGAGUCUUUCUGCUUCAGGCCCCGAGUGAGGAGGAGAUGAUGUCCUGGAUCUUCUGGAUAAACCUGGUGGCGGCGCUGUUCUCCGCCCCGGCUUUUCCCGCCGCGAUCGGAUCCAUGAAGAAAUUCGGCCGGCCCAUCCUGCCGUCCUCGUCCACCAGACUGAACCAGGAGGAGCAGCUGCUGAGUCACGAGAACAAGCUGAAGCAGACGAGUUUGGAGCUGGAGGAGCACAGGAAGCUGCAGCCUUCGGGCGACCCGAAGAGCCGCGACUGGGAGGAGUACCGGCUCAAAGAGCACUACCUCACGUACGAGAAGACUCGCUACGAGACGUACGUCAGCCUCCUGCAGGCCAAAAUCUGUGCCGAAACGGACGACCUGGAGAAGAUCGAGGCCAGCGUUCUCGGCGGAAUGAUGUCGGACGCUAACUUGGCGGGCCGAGAGUGCCUCCUGCGGAAGACGCGCUCCUCCCCGUCCAUCAGCCUGUCCCACUCCAGCCAGAACGGCAGGCUCCCCGGAUGCACUGUUUAGUCACUAGCCUGUCGCGUUUCGUGGCUCCUCGGAUCUCCCCCGUCCCCUCCCGGCGAACCGUCCCGCUCCCUCCCAGAUGUUAUUAAACCUGAUGAAUAUCCUGACCUUGAGCAAUAGUUGAGGGAAGCUGCUGAACCACUUCGUUCUCUCAGCUCCUGUUGUCGCACAUUCGGAGCGAUCCUAACUGUGAUCGCUGCAUCGCAGCAGCACCGUCAGUAUUACCUUUUAUCAUCUCAGAGUCGGGCAAGUUGUCUAGUCGAAGUGCCAUAAGCUCGGAGAAUAACUUUAAGUGGUUUGAGUAAGUCGGAAAGCAAGUCGGAACCGUCUGGUUUUUAUUUUCUGACCUUGCGCUUCGGUCCUGAAGUGAGUCGGUGGGUGUAGUGAGGCAGGCGCGGUACCGCAGUAGCAUUUGACCGUUUUCACUCAUCUGGACUCAUCCAGGCACGUGUAGCGAAUGGACCUACAGUAGGAGAAGAGUGUGUAGAGUUAACGCAGGAGGAUAGAGUCCCUAAUUAUCAUAUUUAUUUAUUUAUUUGACUUUAUUUAGCCCAGAGAAGGUUUGUCGUCCUGUUUCCAGAAGGGUUGUUUUUUUUUGUGUCUGUUUGGAGGAUGUAAAAUGGGUAAAACUUUUCCUAGCGAGCUGCUCUACUACGGAGCUGGAGGUUUAGUGCCUUACUGAAGGGCACCUUGGCUCAGAGAGAUCAAUCGACUGCUUAAACUGCCCAAAAUACCAACAUGUCUUUCACAUUUUUCACAUUUUCAGGAAAUAAAACGGGUCAUGAGAAGUGCUGAUCGGAUAGAAAGACCCUCCCAGCUGUCGUCUGUGUUGUCCUCUCGCCGCUGCAUUUCUGUCCCAACUGAACAGAAACAAGUCUGCAACGCGCUUGAAGUUUUUAGCAUUUCGUCGCAUCGCAAACCUCAGUGCAGGCGUCUCGUGCGUAUUUGGGACGAUGUUCUGAAAUCUAAUUCUUGCCCCUGAUUUCUUUGUGAAAUGGCUCCAGGUUAGUCACGUUGUUCAGAGAGGCUCUCUGAAGAGCAACUUUGAAGUCAUUCCAACUCAUGAAUAUGCCUUGAAGUAAACUACCAGAGUGCAACUGUGGUGCUGCGUUCACGGUCCUGUUGGAACUUGGGGAAAGUUUUCCAUGUCCUUUCUGAGCGAGAGCAACUCUCGAACAUGAUGCUGCCACCGCCGUGUUUCACCGUAUGAAUCCUCGUUCUUUCACUCGUCGCGUUUGGCACGUAGGUCAAAAGGUUCAUUUGACCUUUUCGUUUUGGUUUUUCUAGCUAGGUGCUUUCUGAAGGCAGCACUUCAUUUUAUUUAGGUGUAUCGGAGUAGACAGGGCUUCAUUGGUUAUAGAUUUUCUGCUUAUAAAACGAGUAACUUCACAGUUAUUUAUUACUUUGUGUUCUUGUCACGUGGGCCAAAAUCGCAAACACAAAAAAAAAAAAAAAUGUAAAAACUAAAAUCACCAAAAAUGUUGCAAUUUUUUUUUUUUUUUACCUACUUGACUAUAAACUAAGCAUAGAGUAUUUUUAGCAAAAUAAAAUUGUAUUCAUUUUAUUUUGUAGAAACCGGAUCAUAAAUGCAACACUUUUGGGGUGGGUUUUUUUUUAGCUUCUAACAAGAAACUGAGAAAAAAAGCUUUCGCAGCAGGGUUGAGAUAGACCUACAGUCUGCUUGGGUAGAGAAAAAUUAAGAAAAAGAAAAAUCAAAUUGUUUUGGGCCAUAUUCAUUCCCUCGUUAGAAGAAAGUUACGCUUAAUAUUUUUGGACUCGAUUGAGGAAAACAGGAAAGAUAUUUUGUCCGUUGCCAGCAAUAAAAACAAGACGUAGGUCAGUCUGCAUUUGAAAACAGUUGCUGUAUUCAACUAAGUUUUAAUACAGCACUUAAAAGCGGAGGUGGAUUUAGAGUACAACGAGAGGAGGUGCCCCUGGUUACCAAGACGACAGAGGGAAACAACAGAUAGCUUGGAAAAGAUGACCGCUUCGUCUAACACAUUUGUGAGCAGAUUUUAAAUUUAAAAAUGGUAGUUUUGUUCUAAUUUACCUCAAAUUGCGAUCGCACAAAAUCUGAUUGGGCCGAUAAAACUGCAAUCAAACACACUGAAGUUUGUUGCUGUGACAAAAUGUGGAAAAGUUCAAGAGAUAGAAGCUCUUGGGCUUGGCGCUGCAACAGAACAUGUCUGGCUGUGACCAGAGCAGGACAGGAAGGUGUGGGCGAUGCGGGUCAUGUUGGUCGUUGUGUGUUAAUGUGUUCCAGUUGGCAUAUUGAAGCUAAAAGCAGCUGAAGGAUUAUAAAAAAUAAAAAAAAAUACCUGGGUCUGGUCGACGAGCUGAUUGAGCGCGUGUGACUUCCCGCCGGCACCAUCAGGCCUGGGUCUCUCCAAAGCCUCUCCGGCCUUUAUCUUUGUGACUGAACAUGCACUAGAACCCCCUCAGAUCUAUCACCCGUCAUAACUUUCUCUGGCCUGUUUCCAGUAUCCAGCACCGACUGAAGCUGACGUCUCACUUCGGGGAAACGGAAACCGGCCGAUUUGUGGAGCGGAGCAGCAGGACUGCUCCGGUUUCGGGUUCCCAAGUCGAUAAGCCCGUCAUAUCCGGCAACGUAGCCAUCAAAACACUUUUUCUGUUUGUGUGAAGCGACUUCUAGGAAAAAGGGACUGGUUUAAGUUUCUUAGUAGAGACCAAGAACAGGCAAAGCAGAUCUACGGCUCAUGUGUUUGUUUUUUCCCCCCGCAAACCAAGAGAUAAAAAGCAACCCAAUGGACCUGAACUUUCUGGAAGAAAACGACGGUCGUUGGAACAGGAGAUGCGCUAGUACAUCUGUUUGUGAGCACCUUAAUUGACUGAGCCUAAGCUCCCCCAGUCACACACAAACAUGUUUUUUUUUUCCCCCAAACGUAAUUGUUUAUGACACAACUGUAGACCAGUAACUUUCGGAAUCCGCUGACUCGACCCGGAUGCGGUUCACGUUGGAAACGCUGACCGUACCAUCUGGACGCCUCCGUCGCUUUGGAGAACCAGGUUUGACUGAGUUCGGGAUCCUCGUUUAGGACUUUGGCUGGAAUAACCUGGAUUCUCUUUCAGACUGAAAAACAUAAACCGCUGAAGAAGAGCCGUGCUUCCGGAGGAGGAACUACUCGUUUUUUAAAGCCGUUUGGAUGAAAAAGAACCGCUUCGUUACAGGGAGACUUCCCCGACGUAGUCCCUUUGUCUGGCUGUCGUGCUAACCUUCGAUUCCUCGUGUUCUAGGUUCUAGGGUAGGCCUGUGCUGUAAAAUAAGGUUGUGACAAAAUAAAAAGUGGAUAAAAAGAAGAAGAGAAAAAAACUCACAACUUUGGCACGUUGGUGUCAGAAUUUGAUCUGUGUUUUUUUUUUUUUUUUUUUCUUUUGGUUUCGUUUGUAUAUUUGAACAUUUUGACAGAAUGUGCAUACUAUGUAAAGGACAUAUUUACUGAAUAUUUAGUCUGUGCUUCAUAAAGUAAGCUUUUAUACAGAUGACUGGGGCUUGACUUUAUUACCGCCAACACAGAGCAAAGCAGAUUAUUAGAUUACUGAAAAAAAGUUUAGGAUUUUUUUAGAAUCUGAUUUGUUUUGUCGUGGAGGAAAUGAUGAGAGAAUUGGUAAGUGGUUGAAUCAUGGUUACGCACAAGAAUUAUGCAUUAUACGGGACAUAAUGCAUAUCUGCUAUAUGACAGAUAUUUUUUUAAAUUUA